GAAAUGAAUGCCCAGAACAUGAUAGACUUUGCACCAGUGUAUAGAUGUCUUCAUAUCUACUCUGUAUUGGGAUCCAGGGAAACUUUUGAAACUUACUACAGAUCACAGAGGAAAAAACAAGCCAAGUUAGCACUACAACCACCUAAUAACAUGUAUGAAUCUUUAGGUGGUUAUAUGAAAUACUUCCAUCAAAUUUUAGGAUUUUUUGUUGUUGAAGACCAUGUUCUUAGUACGACCCAAGGAUUGGUUACAAGAGAAUACCUUGAUGAACUCUGGAAUGUAGCUUUACAUAAAAUACUUGCUAUUCUUAGAACACAUUCAGCAUACUGUACAGAUGCAACUCUCCUACUUGAAAUAAAGAAUCUUAUUGUUUUAUUCUGUCAUACAAUAACUAGUUAUGGUUUUCCUGCAUCAAAGUUGCUGGAGUUACUGGUAGAAAUCAAAGACCAGUAUAAUGAGAUAUUAAUGAAGAAAUGGGUUCAAGUAUUCCGUGACAUAUUUGAUAAAGAUAAUUAUACAUCUAUGUAUGUGGAAACACCUCAGGUGUAUCAUGAAAUCACACAUCAAUUUCCUUUCUAUGAUGAACAACUUGAGAAGCAAUCAUAUCCUAAAAGGUUACCAUUCUCAGAGUUUGUUCCUACAACGUAUCGCCAAAUAAAAGAGUUCAUCUAUGCAUGUUUGAAGUUCUCAGAAGAUCUUAAUCUCAGUCAUACAGAAGUUGAUGACAUGGUACGAAAAUCAACUAAUUUAUUACUAUCAAGAACCUUAAGCGGUUGCCUCUCAGCAUUGAUUAAAAAAACCCACCUUGGACUUGCAGAGGUAUAUGCUUCAGCUGACAGUAAAACUGCAACAAGUCUCCAAGGUGUCAUCAUUUUUAAAGAUGCCAGGAAUGAGGCAGAACAGCAGAUAUAUAAAACACUGAAUGCUAAGAUGGACGAGUUUCUGAGUCUUGAGAAUUACAACUGGAGACUGGAUGAACCAAAGGGUCAUCCAAGCGGCUAUCUUAUGGAUCUUAUUGCAUUUUUGGAAAGCAAUUUUAUUGCAUUUAAUCACCUUCCGAUGUACACAGUUCAUAUUAACCGAAUGAAGGCCAUAGAUUUUUAA